UCCCACAAUUCAACAGGCAACAAAGGAAGAAAGCGAGAGGCCGUGAGGCUAGAUUGUAUUAGCUCCCAACACCAGGAUAGCGCCCGCUGUCGCCCCUUUGAUGGCGCUUGGCAUUGAUAUAUACAUGUUUAUAUGCGUAAAGGGAUACCAACCGCAGGGGGGGACGGCCGUUAGCCGUCGGUGAGGGCGACUGUCCGACCGCACAACAAGUAUGUUCUCCAAAGCUAACCCACACGAUGCUAGCUGGUUGCGUAGCCUGCUAACGGCUAGGUAGCUAAGCUAACACAAACCGUCUGGCGAUCGAGCUUUUAAAGGACGUUUUCUGUAGACAAAACGAGUUUCGCUGGCACACCUGAUCGUCUGACCUGACGGGACAUGGCGACACCUCACGUCUAGGCAUCAGAGGUGAAUUGGUGGAAGUGGAACCUAGCCCAUCCAACUGAGUCACCAUUUGCAGGCACGUAAUGGGUAUGGCCACUCUAUUACAUGCAUGACUAGUUCUGUGUGGCCUGAUGGGAGGACACUGUGGAUAGCACAUUCUUCAGGAUACCCGGGGAGCCAUCCCCCCCCAUGCUGCCACUCGAGAGGGCCUGCCAGGAUGAAGAAGAUAAGCCUUAAGACCAUCCGAAAGUCCCUGAACAUAAAGGGCAAAGAGGAGGGCGACUUUGUCAUGCUCCAGCAGCCCUCCAUGACCACUGACUAUUCCAAGGAGGACUCCCUCUUUGGGGGCUGUUAUACUAAAGACCUCGCCGGCUGUGACCUCGGCAACGACGAGGACAAGGGGGGUCAGAACAAGGGCCGGGCCAAGAGCGAGAGUCUGAUGGGCUCGCUGAAGAGGCGGCUGUCCACCAAGCAGAAGGCCAAGGUGAAGGGUGGCUCGUCGGCCGUGGGCUCCGUGGAGGACGACGACACCUUCUCGUCCGCCUCGGUGCCCAUCAGCUUCAACGAGGUGAAGGCCCAGCGUCCGCUGAGGUCCUCGUCGCUGCGGAGCCACCACUACAGCCCGUCGCCGUGGCCAAUCCGCUCUGUGGCUGCGGACGAGGCCUGCAUCAAGAUGGAGGUGAAGGUGAAAGCCAUGGUCCACUCCCCCAGCCCCAGUCCCAGCCUCAACGGCGUCCGCAAGGAGUUCCACGACUUCCAGACCGAGGGCUUCUUCCAGGAGCGGGCGGAGUCCUUCAAGAGCCUCCAGCAGCAGGCGCAGAACGGGGCGCUGCACCUGAACAUUGAACAUGACGUGCCUGUGGUGCUGGGGCUGAUGCCCCAGGACUACAUCCAGUACACCUUGCCUUUAGACGAGGGAAUGUACCCCGAGGGGCCUCACUCGUUUUGCCUGGACCACUCCUCCCCCAUGGAGGUGGUCACGGAGGCGGAGGACGGGCUCCUUCCGCCGGACCGCGUCCAGGAGGACCUGGACCUGGUGGGCGGCCUUCCCCCGGAGCUCUACAUGGAGCCCUCCGUCAACGGCCUGCUGGUGUGCCCCGCCGGCGUGAUGCUGGAGGGCUCGGCGCCGGAGGUCCCGCCGCCCCUCUCUCCGCUCAGCCACCGGGAGCUCCCCAGGACUUUUUCAGGGUUCAGCUCGACGGACAGCCGGGUGGCCGAGCGUGUGAGGCACCACCUGAACUUCGACCCGCACUCCGCCCCCGGGGUGAGCCGGGUGUACGACUCGGUGCAGGCCAGCGGGCCCAUGGUGGUGACCAGCCUCACGGAGGAGCUGAAGAAGCUGGCCAGGCAGGGCUGGUACUGGGGCCCCAUCACCCGCUGGGAGGCCGAGGAGAAGCUGGUCAACCUGCUGGACGGCUCGUUCCUGGUGCGGGACAGCUCGGACGACCGCUACCUGCUCAGCCUGAGCUUCCGCUCGCAGGGGAAGACCCUCCACACCCGCAUCGAACACUCCAACGGGCGCUUCAGCUUCUACGAGCAGCCCGACGUCGAGGGCCACACGUCCAUCGUGGACCUCAUCGACUACUCCAUCAAGGACUCGGAGAGCGGAGCCUUCUGCUACUCCAGGUCCCGCCUCCCCGGGUCCGCCACCUACCCCGUCAGACUGACCAACCCCGUGUCUCGGUUUAUGCAAGUGCGCUCGCUGCAGUAUCUGUGUCGCUUCGUCAUCAGACAGUACACCAGGAUCGACCUGAUUCAGAAACUGCCUUUACCCAACAAGAUGAAAGAUUACCUGCAGGAGAAGCACUACUGAGGACAGGAUUGUGGUAGCAAUUUGCACUUUUUGGGUUCAGUUAAGAGAUUUCAUACAAGGUUUACACUUCAGACGACCAUUGUUUUGGGGAAGUUGGUUUUCAGUCGCCGUUUAUUUGUGUCGGGGUGACUCUGUCGCUGUCCGGUCCUUUUAUCCCGCGGUUUCCACUUGAGUUUCUUUGCCCGGAUUGGCCGCCAGCCCGUGGCUGUUCUUCGGAGAGGCCUCCGGGGAGACCAUCCAGGCCGCACCAUACAUUACAUUCAACAUGAGCAUUCUGAUGAGGGAACUUGUGACGCUAGCGGUCCACCUAGAACACGAUAACAUGUACAAAGAAAAAAGACUAGGUUGGUUGGAAUUUUAACGACUUAUGAAAUUUGACUUUUUUUUAUGUGGCAUGGUAAAUAUUCUGAAAUACUGAAGCGAGGGGGAAGCGACAAUUUGGAUCCCUCCCUUUUAAAAUAUCCCCCCCCCCCCCCCCUGCAGACUGGUUGUGACCAUUGGCACAUUGUUUUGACGAUGGUUUUGUGUUACACAUUGUUGUCUGAGUCAUCAACACUUUAAACAGUUUGUUUGUUCUGUGCUUACUGUUGACAGACACUUGCCCUCUGACACCGUUGUAAGAUAACGUGAAGGGUGUUUUAAUUGCUUCAAUAGCCAAAGAUGAUCUCUGUUUUUAAAUUAAAGGUUGGGUAUGGGAUUUGCGAAACGCCAGCAGAUUUAAAAAAAUACACAACUCUUAUGGUCAUAUGUUCUCCUUCAACGCUGACUCUGACUCCACCCAUUCCAAGUACAUGGACUUGCAAUCAUGCACGAGCGCGAACACAGAUGCACGAGAGCAAGCCAUUAGCUAGUUAGCUAGCUCCAGUAGCUACCGCAGGAUAACAACAAACAGAAGCUUGCUCUGGGUCACGAGCUUUGAGUACGUGCACGAAGGGGUCACGCGCGGGGGAGGGGGAGUGCAGUACGACCGUUUGACGUACUUACUGUCCAAUGCCACUCGGUGGUUCUGGAAAUCAUUGGCUGGAGUUUUUCGAGCCCUGCCCGUUCCACAGAUGAUUGACUUGUUUAAUUUUUAUGUCAGUACUUCUAACUCAGUGGGUUAUGAUAAGGAUUACCAGUAAUUUUGCAAAAAUGGCCAAAAAAGAGAAUUCCAUACCCAACCUUUAAGCUCCUUAUUGACAUAGUCUUCCCUUCCUUGGACAGAUGCAAGGAAAGGAAAUUCACGCCCCAAGAGCCGUUACAUUUUUCUUCAGCCAUGUAUGGCUUUAGAAAAGGUACGUCUGUUAUCAGUGUCCAAGAGAAUACAACAUUGUAUUUUAUUCCUUAUUCCAUAACCCUUUGAUAAUCUAGGCAAUGCAUGUCCUUUAUUUGUUCUUUCUACAUCUAGUUACUAGUAACUAUUAGUAUCAUUUCAGUUGGGUGCCAUAUUAUGAUGUACACCUGUACCAGGGCUAUACCAUCUAUGGUACCAUGCACUUUUAUUAGUAACCUACUUGAACGUAAUGAAACACUAACUUCAUAUCUUCAUGACCUGUUCCCGAGCUGCUAUCGGUCAGUCAAUAAGAGCCACCAUCAGGCUUGGUGAAAAACCUUUCAUGAAAUAGGCUUAGACUUAAAUGAUCUGGGACGGUUUCAUUGAAUUGCUGAGUUGGCCCCAGACUACUCAGUGAGGGGGUUUAACCAAUAAUUUAGUUUUUGGCAAAUGAAAAACUGGGUAUAAAGUGGUAUGACUGCAUGUAGCCAUCACCUUGAAGCAAAGGGUAGACAAGGUACCGGUUACAUGACGCUGUUUAUAUUACACUUGUGCUCUUGGGAGGACCAGCAGUGACUUGAUGUAUUAAGCUUUCGAAAUUUUAAUUAAAAUGAGCAAGCAAAAGACGAGACAACAGUUUAACGGUUCCCCAUUAGGAAUGUUGCGAACGCUGCACCACAGCUCGGACGUGGGAAACGCCAUUUCUCAUGAUCUGCAACGCUUGUAUUCGCAUGAAGUAACGGCUCAAGAUUGUUAAGAACGUGCACUCGUACGCCAUCUUUAAAUGACUGACCAUGUCGUGAGGGCUUAGGAGGACGUUGGAUGUGCGCGCACUAUAGCAUUUACCCCACGGAUGACGUAACCCAUCCAGUACCCAAAAACAAAAUGGACCUCUAGUCAAUUAACCCAGUCCCCAUGUAGGGCUGGCUCUUCCUUUCCCCCCCUCCCCUGGUGAUGCUUGUAUUGAGCCUGCUAGCUCCACAUCACAGAACCCUAGCUGUUGUGAGCCUACGUAUCGCAGGCGUUUCGCGAAAGCCAGGCCAUGCCUUUUUUUUGUUUAGGGACAUGACGAAACUCCAGAGUCGGCCUCAUGAAAGUCAUUGUAUUUCAUUGUCACAUGUUGUUUUCAAGGGCGUUGAAAUCUUUUUGUGAUUGGUGUCUCUUACCCGUCGUAUCCGCUCCCACCGGGCUCCACUACCCCACAUAUUUUUCUCUACUGGGCUGUAUAUUCAGAACAAAGGGAAAGCACACCGUAUGCGACGCAAGUGCUUUAUGCAGAGAUUCUGACAGGGAAAAAAAAUUGACACGCUAAGUUUGAGUAUCUUUUUGUUGACAUGGGUGUCCUUGAAAAGUAUUUGGUAAUGUCUUUCAGACAACUUUAGGUAUGUUUUUCCUAGUGCAUAGUUCUAGUUUUUAGAGGGUGCAGACAAUGUCCAAACAAAGUCACAGUGAAGUUGGCACAGUAAUUUGGAUAGGAAGAUUGGAAGGUGUUGCAUGUUUAAAACGGCUUUGAAAUAUAUAGGAAUGAAGGAUCUAGGUGUGCAUUAUUGGCUGUGUAAAGGAAUAUUGUUUUAUAUUAACCAGCUGGACAUUGUGUGUGCAAGAAUUGUGUUUGUUGUUUUUUUGCCAUCGGGAGGUGUGUGUGUGUGUGAUCGGGGGUUGGAGGGGGUCAUAUAAAAAGGAUUUAGCAGUGUAUGUUUGGCUGCAGCAUCUAUUAGGGGCUUGGUGGCCGACCACUGAUUAUGUAAUGCAGCACCAGUACAAACGCAUUGAGACUUUUGCACUUGAAGGUUGACCUUUUUAAAAAAGAAAACACUUGGAUCUUGCCUCUCCUGAGUUGUCCCGCAGAAGUUAUCAUUCAAAUUAAAGUUACAACAGCCAAAACCUCUGGACGGAAGUGCACACUUGCUAGUAGUGAUCAUAGGAUAAUUUAGGUCGAAUAAUCAAUCAACCAACAUCCUUUUGCUUCUUCUCAUAUCAUCAGGAGACGCAGCGUAAAGCACCAGCAUCAAACUGUAACCGCCUGCCCCCUGUUAACCCCUAGACUUUUCAUUCCUCAGCCUCAUCAUAGCAAAGAAUGUCGAUCGAAGGUUAGACUGUUGCAUUUAUUUUUAGGUUCUCUUUAAAGCGAGUUAAAAAUGUGAAAGUGAAUUGUUGGUCUUUUUAUUUUCUAACCCGGUGUACUUUUUAAUUGUGUGUCCUGUUUUAAUUUCCGUGUCCCGGCUGUUUCUAACGAGCUAGACUCUGUUGAGUACCAGACAGGGGUAUCUGCUGUGAUUUCAAAGUAUCUAAAUAGCCUGGGAUUAGGGUGGCCUGUUAUCCUUUAAGCGUUAUUGCCUUCGACGUGUGACUUUGGAGAUUGACGCUUGUUGAAAGUGCAGAAGCAUUUUCAGUCCACAAUGUAUAGCUGAUUAGCACUUAACAAGCUCUGGUAUUGUUUGAACAUCUCUGCAAUGAAGGUAUUUGUUUACUGCUAUGUUUGUUGACCCCCCCCCCCCCCCCCCAAACACUCACCAAACCUCCACCUUUUUUUUUUUUUUUUUUUUUUACUUUCAUGGUUUGUCCUCAUGAUCAUUUUGGUACAAUUUUUAGAAACGUUAUUUCAUUUCAAUGUGUUGUACACAUUUGUGCUGCUUUCAGAUAUGAUGGCCUUUCUUGUAUUUAACAAUGUGGAAAUAGAAUGUCACCAUUUGGAUCUAUGUACACGACAAACACACAUACACAUGCACACAGACACAUGACUUUGGGUAUCGUUUUGGGAGAGAGGGGCAGAUUUGUGAACUGUAGUCGGUAAAAUGUCAUCAAUAGUUAUUAGCUCCUCUGUAUAAACCGGUCACCCCAGUUUACAUUUGUUGUCCACAAUUAAUUUCCCAACAUAGAUUGUCUUUUUGUAUUUUUUUUCGUUUGAAAACAAAAAUCAGCCGUGAUUUAUUGCACAUUUUGGAUACAGUUAAAAAGUUUUUGUAUCUGCCAAUUAUAAAUUAUAAAUAAAAUAUAUUCUGAAAAAUUGCCUUAAUCCGUAUCCAUUUUAUUAGUCU